AUGCACGUAAUCGGUCUCAUCCUGGCGCUGUGGGCGGCCGUCGCCGCCGCCGCCCUCGACAAGGCCCAGCGCGUCCCCAUCAGCGUCAUCUUCCGCGCCUACUGCCCUGCCUGCCAAUGGUACAUUGGAGAUCCGCUCAUCAAGCUCAUCUCGGACCCUGCAUUCCGCGCCAUCACGGAGCUCUCCUUGAACCCGGCAGCGGGCAUGACCGAGACAGACGCCGGCUUUGACUGCACAGGCGGCCCGUCCGAAUGCGAAGGCCACCGGUGGUUCGCGUGCAUUCUCGACAAGGAUAAGGACUCGGUCGAGACGUACAUGAAGCACAUGGCGGCGCGCGACGGCAGCGACACGUGGCAAUCGCGCCUCGAGUUCUGCUACCCCGAUCCGGUCGCGAUCGCUGCGCUGCGCAAGUGCAAGACCGAGGACAGCACGCGUCUCUUGCGCCAGCUCACCAAAGAAGCGCAAGCGCUGGACCUCGGCUGGAUGCCCUACACCAUCGUUAAAGGCGGCGUCGUCGGCGAUGUGACCAAAGGCGUCAUGCUCAAGGAUCUCAAGCUCGCUGUCUGCAACGCGUACAGCGGUCCUGACAAGUACCUCCCGAUCGAGUGCUACGGGCUCCUCGGUCGACCGACGCCGGCUGUCGCAUCGACGACCGUGGUUGUGCCUGCCGCUCUCGCCGCCGCAACCUCGAGUCCACUGACAACACAACCACCCACGACGACGGCCCUUCCAACGACACUGCCAGCAGCCGCCAAGAUUCAACUCCAAGUCGUCUGGCGCGCAUUCUGCCCUGCAUGCAAGUGGUACCUGAACGACCCGCUCUUGCGUGUGCUCCAAGACCCCGAGUUUACCGAUAUUCUCACCUUCAAGCCGUACCCCUCGGGCUCGACGACGGGCACGAACGGCGCAUUUAGCUGCACGGGCGGCCCCUCCGAGUGCAUGGGCCACCGCUACAUGAGCUGCGCGAUUCACUUGUACCCGGUGGUCGCCGAGCAAGCCAAGCACUUGGCCUGCAUGGAAGACGAGAAGAAGCCGCGCGGCGCCUGGGAUAAGAUCGUAAGCAUGUGCUUUCGCGGCCCCGCGAUCGCGCAAAUGAAGGCGUGCUACCAAAAGGACAGCGCCAAGUUGCUCGAAAAGUUUAUCGAGACGACCAACACCGUCGACACGCCGUGGCUGCCCCACACGACGGUGGACGGCACCAUCCUCGGCUCGCCGACCGAAGGCGUCAGCUACGACAUGCUCACGCUCGGCAUCUGCAAUGCUUACAAGGGCCCUCGCAGCAAACGGCCCCGUGCAUGCCCGCCGCUCGCCGCCGACGUCUUGACGACCGUGCCACCGACGACGACGACCGUGCGCCCAGCCGUCGCCGCCGACACUGACGACGAAGAAGACGACAAGAAGGAUGCGCCGGUGCGGCCGUGCAUCAACCGCGAAAAGGGCUUUGUGUACGAAGAUGCGCCGGACAUUGGCAAGCGGGGGCUGCGCAAGGGCGCCGAGAAGCCGGUGAAGCUCCAGGUGGCGGUCCCGGCAUCGUCGUCGUUGGCGUCCAACCCGCUGCUCGUGCCGGUGCUGCUGCUGGGCACGAUCCUCUUUAUCGUUGUCCGCUUCUCCAAGACGUCCGAGAAGAAGGACAUGUAGAUGGUGUACACACAGUAGUAGCUCGAAGUGGCCUUUCCACCUCGUCUUCAACAUGCGACCAUCG